AGGCGCACGCUCGGCAGAGCCGCCCCUCCUCCGCCGCCCGCCUUCCCCGCGCAUGGCGCUGAGCACGGCAGCCCCCGGCUCCGCACGUGGCGUCGCGGGCGCGGCUCGCGGUGACUCCCCCGGGCUGGGGCGGCGGCGGGCGCUGAGACCUCGGCCCGGAUGGAAACUGGGGGCGAUGCCAGAGCGGCACCUCGGCGGGGCGGCAGAGGCGGCGGCCGUGGCGGGGUUCCAGCGGCUGCCGAACCCGGCGCUCCCCUGGCUGCGGAGACCGGCGUGAACAUGGAUGGGCCCGGCGGCGGGGGGAGCGGGGCAGCCGCGGAUACGGACGCCGCUGCGGCGCCGGCAGCCCCCGGGGCCCCUGCCCCCCCGCCCCGGGGCCCCGGCACCAGGGACCCCAAGCUGGUCCAUCAGCGGUUUCUGCGGAGGAGCGUGGUGGACUCGGACCAGGAGGAGCCCGCCUUCGACCUGCCCGAGGCGGAGCACCAGCGGAGAAUCAUCCUGCUCCCCAAAACCAGGAGGAUAAUCGCGGAGCGGGCGAAGGCGGGGCAGGGGGCGGCGGAGGCGCCGGGCCGUGAGGCCGAGUGUUCCGGGGAGCCGCGAGCAACGCCGGACUCGGGCAGCGCCGCGGGCGCCGAGGAGCAGAAGGAGUCAGGCAAGGAUGCGGAGCGGAGAGAGGCGCAGGAUGCUGCCAAGGACCAGGGCAAGGCUAAGAAAGAAGAGCCCGAGGAGGAGGCUGACAUGAAAGCGGUUGCCACCUCGCCGGAUGGCAGGUUCCUAAAGUUUGAUAUUGAACUCGGGCGGGGAUCCUUCAAAACGGUCUACAAGGGUCUGGACACGGAGACGUGGGUGGAAGUCGCGUGGUGCGAACUGCAGGACAGAAAACUCACAAAAGUAGAGAGGCAGAGAUUUAAAGAGGAAGCAGAAAUGUUGAAAGGUCUACAGCACCCAAAUAUCGUGAGGUUUUAUGACUUCUGGGAAUCCUGUGCAAAAGGCAAAAGAUGCAUCGUGCUGGUUACCGAGCUGAUGACCUCUGGAACGCUGAAGACGUAUCUGAAGAGAUUUAAAGUGAUGAAACCUAAAGUCCUGCGGAGUUGGUGUCGGCAAAUCCUGAAGGGUCUUCUUUUCUUGCACACAAGAACUCCACCAAUAAUUCACAGAGAUUUGAAAUGUGAUAAUAUUUUUAUUACUGGACCAACUGGAUCUGUGAAAAUAGGAGACUUGGGUCUGGCAACACUCAAGAGAGCUUCAUUUGCCAAAAGUGUCAUAGGCACACCAGAAUUCAUGGCCCCUGAAAUGUAUGAGGAACACUAUGAUGAAUCUGUGGAUGUCUACGCAUUUGGAAUGUGCAUGCUGGAAAUGGCUACCUCAGAAUACCCUUACUCAGAAUGCCAGAAUGCUGCUCAAAUCUACCGAAAAGUAACCUGUGGUAUAAAGCCAGCAAGCUUUGAGAAAGUUACUGAUCCUGAAAUUAAGGAGAUAAUUGGGGAGUGCAUCUGCAAAAACAAAGAAGAAAGAUAUGAAAUUAAAGAUUUAUUAAGCCAUGCCUUUUUUGCUGAAGAUACUGGGGUAAGAGUGGAACUUGCAGAAGAAGACCAUGGUAGGAAAUCCUCUAUUGCCUUAAGACUCUGGGUAGAAGAUCCUAAGAAACUGAAAGGAAAACCCAAAGAUAAUGGAGCCAUUGAGUUUACUUUUGAUCUGGAGAAGGAAACUCCUGAUGAUGUUGCACAAGAAAUGAUUGACUCGGGGUUUUUCCACGAGAAUGAUCUCAAGAUCGUGGCCAAGUCCAUCCGUGACCGCGUGGCGCUGAUUCUCUGGCGGAGGGAGCGCAUCUGGCCCAGGAUGCAGGUGGAGGAGCGCCGCGACUCGGAGGGCAUGGACAAGCUCAAGGCCCCGCAGGCACAGCAGGUCCAGGUCACCUACCUGUCCCACACGGGCCACCACAUCCUGUCUGAGCCUGAGGAGCCAGAGGCAGAUCAGCACCCUUUCCAGCAGAACCUGCCCGCCAGCGUCACCUCCGUCGCCUCUGACAGCACGUUUGACAGCGGCCAGGGCUCUACAGUUUAUUCGGACUCGCAGAGCAGCCAGCAAAGCGUCAUCUACUCGUCCCUGCCGGAUGCUGUCCCUCCUGCCAUCCAGAGGGUGUACAGCCCCCCCCUGAGUGAGGGCCAGCCUGUGCCCCACAGCCUCCCCCAGCUCAGCCACUACCAGCAGCCCUCAGCACCUGUCCUGCCCGCGGUGCCGGCCGCGCCCGCUGUGGUGCCCCAGCACUACCAGGAGCCAGCGCUGCCGUUCCCCGUGGUCCCCAGCACCGUGGCCCCGCUCCCGCUGGGGCAGCCACCGCCGCCCGUGCUGGCCGGCCAGCAGCAGCAGCCCAUCUCGCAGGCAGCCUCCCUGCAGCAGGUGCUCAGCAGCCAGCCUGUGUGCCCGCUGCCACCAGCCCCCCACCUGCUGCCAUCGUUCCCAGCGCAGGGCUCGCAGGUGCCCACCAGCAGCACCUCCCUGAAGCCCCUGCAGAUCCCCACCAUGCCACAGCUCCCACCUGUGGCCCCGUCCCAGAUUCCUCAGUUUCCUGUCAUUCCUGCAAUUACUCCUCUGGCAGGCCUUGACAGCCUUCCUCCAAACUUGUCUGACAUCCCUGCUGCAAACGUGCCCCCCAUUCCGGCUCCCUCCCAGUACUUUGCUCCAGCCGUGAUCCUGCCCAGCCUGCCCAUGAACCCCACGCUGCCCAUGGCGCCCAACUCACCCGCUCUGCCCAUGCAGGCUGUCAACCUGCCUCACACCACCGUGGCUUCUCUGGUGCUGCCCUGCCAGCCCAUCGUGCCAAACAUGCCGGCAGCCACCAUCCCGCUGCUGGCGGUGGCGCCGCCGGGGGUGCCGCCGCUGCCGCCGCAGCCCGUGUUCCAGCCCGCCUUCCAGCCGCUGCUGCCCGGCGACGCACAGAGCUCGCAGCCCGUGGCCCAGCCACCGCCCGCAGCCCUGCAGCCCGGAGUCUUGCAUCCUCCCGAGCCGGCUCACCAGCCCAUGCCUGGACACACUCAGUUUGCUCUGGAAGCUGGAGCCCAGGUGCCCGUGCUGCCGGUGCAACCCUCCAUGGUCAUGUCACCGCCGUUGCAGCUGCAGCCGGAGCUGGUGCCGCCCUGCGUCCCUCCUGACGGCGUUCCCCAGGUCCAUGGCAGCCUUGCCACGGCUGCCCCGCCCAUCCCCAUAGAGCCUGGCCUGCCUCUCCAGCCCUCUGCUCUGCUGCAGCUCCAGCCUGAUCUUUCCCAGCCGCUGGGCCAGCAGCUCCCAGCUCCCUGCUCGGCUGUCACAGCAGGCACAGAGACAUCUCAAGAGGAGCAGGCAAUGCAGGACAAACUUCAAGCUCUGUCCCAAGGCUGCGAAAGCUACAUGAGUCCAGAUGUUGCUUCUGGUAAAGAGAUGAGUGACAGCUUGGAAGGAGCAACAGGAAGUGGAAAGCAAGAAGGAAAGUCUUCGAAGAAGCAUAAGAAAUCCACGCGUGCUCGCUCGCGCCUGGAGAAGUCCAACAGACCCAAACUGACCAUAUUAAAUGUGUGUAACACAGGGGAUAAGAUGGUGGAGUGCCAGCUGGAAACUCAUAACCACAAAAUGGUGACGUUCAAGUUUGACUUGGAUGGUGACGCGCCGGAGGAAAUUGCUACUUACAUGGUGGAGAAUGAAUUCAUCUUGCCAAGUGAAAAAGAGACUUUUAUUGAGCAAAUGAAGGAUAUCAUUGAUAAAGCAGAAGAUAUGCUCAGUGAGGAUACUGAAGGAGAGCGAAGUUCUGACCAGGGAGCAAGUCCUCAACAAGAUGCUGAUAAGUCAGAAAUGAGCGAGGAGAAGCGUCAGUCUCAAAUGAAGACACCUGUGUAUCAGCAAAAUGUUUUGCAUACUGGAAAAAGGUGGUUUAUUAUAUGUCCAGUGGUGGAAAACCCUACUACAGAUGCCCCUGAGUUUUCUCCCCCGGUGCCUCCCACUGCCCAGCAGACAGAAGGGCCAGACCCAGAGCAGUCGGAUGACCAGCUGGUGAGCACUGCGGUGACCGAGGCAGCUGGGGUCAGGGCUGGCCAGCAGCUUCCCCUACACACAGGGGUCAGUGACAGCCCCCUUGGAGCCACCUCAUCCUUGGCACCAGCUCCUGCUGCAGCAGCUCCCACCAGCAUAGCAAGCCAGCCAGAGUUCCCAGCCCCAGCGCCGCCAGUGUCUGCCCCGAGUGUCACGGAGGCCGGGGCAGCUGUCAGGGGCCAGCCGGAGUACCCCCAGCCUGGCCCCCUGGUCCCCCCCGACACCCCGGCCCCGCACCUGCAGCCAGACCAGCCGGCACGCGUGCCUGACGUGGAGAAGGCCUCCUGCAGCGUGGGGCCGGACGCCGUGGGGCUGGAGCGGCAGGCGGUGCCGCAGGGGCCGUGCCCGCCGGAGGGCGGCCAGCCCGGCGCGGGGCCCUUGGGCAGCCAGCCCUUCCCUGUGGCUGCUGGCCCCGACGCCCUGGCCUUGGUGGGGUCCCGGCUCCAGAGCCCCACGCAGGUGCCGCUGGCUGCGUCCCAGCAGCUGGGGAUGGCCGGGGCGGGAGUCGGACUGCUCCAGCAGCAGAACCCCCCAGGCACCACCGAGUCCGAUGGCGAGGGACCUCCCAGGGUGGACUUUGUGGACAACACGAUUAAAAGCCUUGAUGAGAAGCUGCGCAAUUUGCUGUACCAGGAAUAUGUUCCAACUUCUUCGGCAUCGGCAGGGACGCCGGACACUUCUGUGCCACCCGAACAGGGUGACAGUGAAUUUACCUUAUCAUCUUUUCCUGAAGAGCAGACUCCUGCCAUGGCGCAGGACAGGAGAGAGCCAGGCUGCAGCGUCCCAGACACCGGCCAGGAGUUGGACAAGCUGGAAGUCACUGGUGUGAGUGCUCAUCCCUCAGAGGCAAGAGGUGUGUCAGCAGGUGGAACAGCAGGUCCAGUCACAAACAUCGCUUCAGCUCCUGCUGCUCCAGUAAAAGGCCUCCUUCAGGUUGCACCUCCAUCAUCAGGCACAGUUCCACAGAUGGAGUCUUUCCAGAGGAGUGAGGAGGCAGAGAGGACGGCUUCGCCCGCACACGUCGAGAGUGUGACGCGGCGAGCAGCAGCAGAUGGGGCGAUGAGUAACUUCCACAAGGAUGGCUCUCCGGGCUCUGGUUCCUGUGGAAAACAGGUUGAGGCUCAGGAGAGCGGCACGCCAGCCAAAACCAUUGGCAGGUUUUCAGUGGUCAGCAUGCAGGAUGAAUUAACUCUAGCGGCGCCGCACUGCCUGAGGUUCUCGGCGCCCCCGGACGUGUACCUGGACGAGCUGCCCUCCAGCCCGGACAUGAAGGCUGCAGUCCGCCGGGUCCAGACAGCCUCUUCCGUGGACGUGCUGUGCGACCAGGCCUCGAGCGACUCAGCCGACGAGCCCUGCCUGCGGCAGCCAGCAGCUGCGGCUGCACAGCUCUCCCCACCCAGCAGCAGCACAGCCACGGACUUAAUUAAAAAAGCUGCUGCUUUUCUGCAGAGGUCUGGCAAAGGGGGCUCCCCCGGCCCAGAGUCACCCAACGGGCAAGGUGCAAAGAUUCCUACUAUCAACAUCACGUCCUUCCACUCGCAGUCGUCCUACAUGAGCAGUGACAAUGACUCAGAGUUUGAAGAUGCUGAUAUGAAGAAAGAAUUGCAGAACCUGAGAGAAAAGCAUAUGAAAGAGAUUGCUGAGCUGCAGACACAGCAGAAGAAUGAGAUAGAGGCACUGUAUAUUCGGCUGGGGAAACCCCUUCCUCCCAACCUGGGCUUCCUUCAUUCUGCCCCACCGAGCGGCCGGCGACGAAGAACCAGCAAAAACAAAUUGAAAGCUGGAAAACUCUUAAACCCUCUGGUCCAGCAGCUCAGGAGUGGAACAUCAAGCACAAGUAACCUUUCAGACUCUAAAGACUCGCCCCACAAAGAGAGCACUAACUCACAGCUGGGCUCCCCUGAAGCAGCCGCGAUGCCUCCCGGCGCAGCCCCUGGUGGGCAGGCUGUGCAGACUCAGCAGCCCUGCUCUGUCAAAGCCUCUCUGUCCUCUGACAUCUGCUCUGGCCUGGGCCCCGAUGCAGCUGACGCCAAUGCAAGCUCUGGCCAAGGCUGGACGGUUUUCCACCAAACGUCUGAGAGAGUGACCUAUAAAUCUAGUAGCAAACCUCGUACCAGAUUCCUCAGUGGACCUGUGUCUUUGUCCAUCUGGUCCACCUUGAAACGACUAUGUCUAGGCAAAGAUCACAGUAGUAGAUCCUCGACCAACAGCCUGGUAACGUGUCCUGAGCCUCUCCCACAGUCAACACUGCAGGUUCAGGCCAACAACAGUAACAACAAGAAAGGGACGUUCACAGACGACCUGCACAAGCUAGUGGACCAGUGGACGAGCAAAACUGUUGGAGCUGCACAGACAAAACCUUCUUUAAACCAACUGAAGCAGAACCAAAAAAGGCAAGACAUGGAGCCAAAGGCUAACCCCAUGCAAAUGCAGAAUGAGACAUGUGGAGUAAAUUCAGUAAGGACAGGACUGGGGAGCAAGUGCCCCGUUCCGGUGGCUUGCCCCAUGCCCACGGGAUUAGCUCCUGGAGCCGCGCCGUCCCUGCCAGUGCCGGUGCCAGGGCCCGCACUGGCCGGCGCAGUGCCACCGUAUGUGAUGCCUCUGUGUCAGUACGGAGCCGUGUUCCCGUCGCCCGCGUACGGAGUGCCGUGGCCGGGCCCGGCGGCGCGGCCGGGGCUGCUGCCAGCGCCCAGCGUAGUGCGCUUCUCGCCGCUGGGCCGGAGCUGCCUGCGGAUGUACCCGGUGUCACUGCAGCGCCCGGCCCGCCCGCCCGGCCCGCGGCUGCGCAUGACCUAGCGCGGGGCCCUGCCGGGGGGACCUCGCCGUGGGGGAGCCCGCCCUGGCUCCCGCAGUUUUGACGCCAUCACGUUGGAGUGUUUGCUCUG